AUGUUUUUCCGAAACAUGUGGUGUCGAAUUUUAUUGUUUGUUGCAGUUGUUAGCUUGGGUCAUGCAGAUGAAAAGUACGACUUAUUACAAGGCGAACCUACUACGAUAGAAAAAUAUCCUUUUGCAGUACAGAUUAUACGUUAUCGAUUUGGAGGUAUAUACUCCGUUACGUGUGGAGGGUCGCUCGUGACCACGCUAUUCGUAUUAUCUGCAGCAAGAUGCUUCGUUUAUUCGUCUACUACCAGAACAACUAAUAUUACUACAACCGCAUCGCCUAAGAUAAUGUGUAUUUUAAGGAACGGAUUACACAUAGAUCCCGAAGAAUUCAGAAUUCGUGUCGGCUCAACCCGCAUACAAGAUUCAGGUGGAAUACGUUAUGAAGUAUCAGAAAUAAUAAUCCACGAGAACUACAGAAGUAUUGACAAUGACAUAGCAUUAGUACGGACCAAGAAUCCAGUCUCAUUGGGUCCUAACAUCGCAAUUAUCAAAAUACCGCAGGAAGAAGUGAUGGUGCCCGACAACGCUACUGUCACAGUUAUUCGUUGGGGUUCUGCGGGGAAUAAAUAUAAACAAGGUGCGCUGCACGAGGUGCCCAUUAAGAAGGUCAACUGGCAGAGAUGUAAGAACAUAUACUCGGAUUCUACUAAUAUUACAAUCACCGACAAUAUGAUCUGCUGCGGAGGAUUAGGAUAUAACAUGGAGCCCGCCUUUUGUACGCCUGACAUAGGUAACCCUCUUCUCUACGGAGACAAUUUGGUGGGAUUGGCGAUAUGGUUUGGGAGUUGUAGAAAUAACGAUAUCCCUCGUUUGUUCACCAGAAUAUCCAAGUAUACGAGUUGGAUCGAUAAUACGAUAAAACGGUCUAUAGAGAGGUCUGACCCGCAUCCCGGAGCCAGCUCAAUGAAUAAAAUUGGGGUGACGCUGCUGAUCCCCGUCUUAUAUUCAGUAUUCAGAAGAUUCGCUUAG